CCUUCUUUCAAUACUCCCCAACAACACUCGCCCCAUAUCCCUCAUCAUGGCCAGAGCCGCUCUCCAGAAGGAUCAAUUCGUCAAGCUCAUCGUCGGAGCUGGACAGGCCAGUCCCAGUCCUCCAGUCGGUCCGGCGCUGGGUAGCAAGGGUGUCAAGAGUAUGGACUUUUGCAAGGAAUUCAAUGCCCGCACUGCACACAUCAACGUCGGUGUCCCCAUCCCCACGCGCGUCACCGUCCGCCCCGAUCGCUCCUUUUUCUUCGACCUGCGCACGCCGACAACCACCUACCUCCUCCUGAAUGCUGCCAAUGUCGAGCCUCGCAAGAAUCGUCUCCGCGGUGCCAUGAACCCCGGCCACGAGAUCUGCGGCAAGAUCUCGCUCAAGCACGUCUAUGAAAUUGCCAAGAUCAAGCACAGCGAGACGCGGCUAUCGGGCUUGAGUCUGCAGGGGUUGUGCAAGAGUGUCAUUGCCCAGGCCAAGUCGAUUGGUAUUCAGGUUGUGCCCUGAGAGGACUGCGCAAUGGCUGAGUGUUGAUUUUCUUCUCUUUCCUGUAUCACUACGAUCGCAUUGAUGGCCGGUGGUUGCGGGCGACCGGGUCGCUGGUGGCCACUUGUCAGUUGGGUUAUACCGUGGCAGAGACCACUUCAGUAGCUGGAUGAUCUUUUGUGCGAUAUACCUCCCAUCUUCUAUCUUGAGGGUUGUUUUCUCGGCGUUUUUAUGUGCGGAGGGGCGAGAUGGGGGCGCCUCUUCUUGCUUGUAUUAUACACACUUCAUACUCCAUAUACCAUGCUUCAGAUUUGUCCUUCCAUCUACCCC